AUGUGUAACCCAUCCACAACAACCACCACCGCCACCGGUUCAGCCGUGCCCGAGAACCAACAAUCUCGAACCGGAAUCUUCCUCGAUCUCCUCUCGAUCAAAAGCUUCGAGCCCAUGAACAGAAAUCUCCGGCAUUGCGAGAACAGAGGAUCUCCUCUUAUGGAAGAAGCUGUAACAGAGGCGAAAUCUCUCUUCACGCUCGCUUUUCCGAUCGCCGUGACGGCUCUAGUCCUCUACUUACGCUCCGCCGUCUCCAUGUAUUUCCUCGGCCGUCUCGGCGACCUCGAAUUAGCCGCCGGUUCACUCGCCAUUGCAUUUGCCAACAUAACCGGUUACUCUGUUUUAUCCGGUUUAGCACUUGGUAUGGAGCCACUCUGUUCUCAAGCCUUUGGUGCUCACCGCUUCAAACUCCUCUCACUUACCCUCCAUCGAACCGUGGUUUUUCUCUUGGUUUGCUGCGUACCGAUCUCGGUUCUCUGGCUUAACGUCGGCAAAAUCUCGGUUUACCUUUACCAGGACCCUGACAUCGCCGAGUUAGCUCAGACUUACCUCAUUUUCUCCCUCCCCGAUCUCCUCACCAACACUCUCCUUCACCCAAUCAGAAUCUACCUUCGUGCCCAAGGCAUCAUCCACCCCGUCACUGUAGCCUCCCUCUCCGGCGCCGUUUUUCACCUACCGGCUAAUCUCUUCCUCGUCUCCUACCUCCGUCUCGGUUUGACCGGCGUCGCAGUCGCUUCCUCCAUCACCAACCUCUUCGUCGUCCUUUUCCUCGUCUGCUACGUCUGGGCGAGUGGUCUCCACGCGCCCACUUGGGUAGACCCGACCCGAGAUUGUUUCCGGGGAUGGGGUCCACUGCUCCGUCUCGCGGGCCCGAGCUGCGUCUCGGUGUGUCUCGAGUGGUGGUGGUACGAGAUCAUGAUCGUUCUCUGUGGAUUGCUCGUUAAUCCGAGAUCGACGGUUGCGGCUAUGGGCGUUUUGAUCCAGACGACAUCGUUUCUCUACGUCUUCCCGUCUUCUCUGAGCUACGCCGUCUCAACUCGCGUCGGAAACGAGCUGGGAGCGAACCGUCCGAAGACGGCGAAGCUAUCCGCGACGUUGGCUGUAUUUUUCGCGGCGGCUACGGGGAUUACAGCGGCGGCGUUUGCUUACUCCGUUAGAAAUGCUUGGGGGAGGAUAUACACCGGAGACGACGAGAUUCUCAAGCUGACCGCGGCGGCUCUUCCGAUAUUGGGUUUAUGCGAGAUCGGUAACUGUCCUCAGACGGUGGGCUGCGGCGUCGUGAGAGGAACAGCACGGCCGUCCACGGCGGCGAACGUGAACCUCGGCGCGUUCUAUCUAGUGGGCAUGCCGGUGGCUGUAGGUCUCGGGUUUUGGGCCGGAAUUGGGUUUAAUGGGCUUUGGUUAGGACUCCUUGCAGCGCAGAUUAGCUGCGCCGGUCUUAUGAUGUACGUUGUGGGGACCACGGAUUGGGAAUCGGAGGCUAAAAAGGCGCAGACGCUAACUUGCGCCGAGAGUGAAGAGAGCGAUCUUAUUAAGACGGUGGCGAAUACUAUAGGGGACGACGACGGUGAGAGCGAUGAGGCACAGCCGUUGAUUCGCAUCACGGUGCUUUAUUAA